UCAUGUGACCCCGCGUGUCACUCUUGCCACAAGGCAGACAUUCACCACUCACCUUAGCAGUAUCCUCUCACGAAAGCCACUCUUUUACGAACCAUCACCAUGUCCUUCAGUGCGACUGGGGUCCCCAAGCCACUACAAUCGCGACCGAAGAAAUCGCCCAUACAACUACUGCGAUCAGCCUCUUCACCAUUCGGCAACCAUCCUCGUCGCAAAGCUGCUACUACCACACCUCAGGCUGGAGUCAAAAGAUCGCAAUCGGAAAUCAGCAGUACCGACCAGCCUCUUGACAGCACAGGAAUUGUCACGACAUUACCACCGUCCAAAGUACCACAAGAUGUUGUCUCCCUCAUUCGCUACAUACAACAGCAUACAUGGACCGAUAUACCAGAUCGCGCAGCAGGCAUGAACAGCACUCGAAUAGCUGAGGUCCUGAACUUUAGGAAGAACAUGCCUCCGAUUGUCUCAAUAGCGCAUCUCCACGCCGUAUCAGCUUCAACCACAACUACAGAACGCGAACUCGCAAAACUAGUCCACUCAGGAAUCGUAAAAAAGCUCAACAUACCCGGCAGAGGGAAAGGUGGAUUCGCAAUAGGCGAGGGCGUUAUCCUAGUCGAAGACUGGAUAAACACAAUACAACAAAAUCAAGCACUCUCGCAACCACUAAAAGAGAAAUACGCAAAAGUGCUGGAAGAAAAUACAUCCUCCUACACCGUACCAGCAUCACUAUUUCUCCCAGAAGAAGUAUCAGAACUCAUCGCAGCCGGCUUCAUGACGUCCACAAGCGCAUUAAGCGACCACCUUUACUCCCUCCCGGGCACAGCAUCCUCCCCCGGUUCCUCAUCCCUAGCAAACUCCUGGUCCACAGCAGCAACAGGAACCCUAGCAGCCACAGGAGGCUCCUCAGCCGUCCACUUGAACGGAGGCGGUGGCCGCGGCCUCCACCUUUCUACCUCCUCCUCAUCCUCCAAACUCUCCUCAGCAAAACAACCACAAACCCUGACCUUCUCCCUCCCAAACACAGGAGCAUACCUCCAAACCCUCACAGAAGCACGAACACAUCUCCUCGUCCUGCUCACAAAGUCAUCCCCGAAAUACAAAGAAAGCACGAAAGAAAUGUUGAGGGAACGAUGGGAUGGUGGUAUUCCGUUGGACGAUAUGCAGAGCAAAGCCAAACGAGCUAGAGGAGAGUGGAAUGGUGUGUUACCGGGCAAAACGAAAAAGUGGAAGCAGUUUUAUGGUAUGGAGUUCGAGUGGAUUUUGGAGGAGUGCUUGGGGAGUGGAGGGGUUGAAUGUUUCAAGACGAGGAGUGUGGGGUUGGGGGUCAGGGUUACUUGAUAUUUCAACACAGAUACAAUUCUCCCUUCUACAGAGCAUAUAAGAUGUUUGGCAUGUUUGAAAAGUUUGAUAUGAUUCUGUGAUCUACAGAAGCUUGU